AACCACGAGCGUGCAAGACCGGGAAACCCCUCUCUCUCUCUCCUUCUCUCUCUCUCUCUCUCGCUCUCGGAUCGAGAUGUCGCUGAGAGCCACAUCGAAAAGAUCCAAGGAACCACCAGCAGAAAGCAAGGCUCCAAGGCAUGAGGAAGAGGCAGCGCCACCUCCACCACCCGCUUCCUCGUCUCAACAAGCCAUAACGCAGGCGCUGGCGAGCACAGCUCACCUGGCCAACCUCCUCCCCACCGGCACCCUCCUCGCUUUCCAGCUCCUCACCCCGGUGUUCACCAACAACGGCUCCUGCGACACGGCCACCCGGCUGAUGACGCAGGCGCUCCUCCUCCUCCUGGCCGCCUCCUGCUUCCUCGCCUGCUUCACCGACAGCAUCCGGAGCGCCGCCGACGGGCGGGUCUACUACGGCUUCGCCACCCGACGCGGCAUGUGGCUCUUCAACUACGACUACGUCGCCUCCCCCUCCGCGGCCCUUCCCGACCUGUCCAAGUACAGGGUGCGGGCGGUGGACUGGGUGCACGCGGUGCUGUCGGUGCUGGUGUUCGCGUCGGUGGCUCUCCGGGACCGGAACGCGGUGAGCUGCCUCUACCCGCGGCCGAGCCGGGAGACGGAGGAGGCGCUGAGCGUCCUGCCGCUGGGAGUGGGAGUCAUCUCCAGCCUGUUGUUCGUGGUCUUCCCCACUCGAAGGCAUGGAAUCGGAUACCCCGUCACGAACGGGAGCUGAUGGAUCGGAUUGGUGUAAUUUCUGUUCUUUGAUCUUUGAUAUGGUGUUUCGAGGACGAAUCCAUUUCUCUCCUCAGACGAUUGGAGUUGAAUCCCAUUCAUUGUUUUGAUGCUUGACGUAUCAAACGUGGAUAGAUUGGGAGUA